AUGGCUGGCGAAGGAGAUGAAGAAAGAUUCAAUCUCCAAGAAGGCCACGGCACCGAUCUUGGGCGUGCCUUGAGAUUGCUGUGGCACGGUGCAGCCGCGAGCAUACUCGAAUUGUCUGGAUGCUUGGACACGGAGCCACGGAGCCUUUGCAUCAAGGCGGCAGAAGAGCGGGAGGCCUUCCUCCAGGCACUGAUGCAAGACCGGGCCGAGGCCGGCAGAGGAGCGACGGAGUUUCCCAGCGCUGCCGAGAGUUGGCAUCUUGCGUGCGUUUGCCUGUGGUCUCUGUGGCGCGGGCGCGUUCCUGAGGCUAAGCGGGCGGAGACACUGCGACGCCUUGAGGCCACGAACCGUGCCGUUCGAGCCCAAUUUGAACAGCUCGUGAGCACCGACGACUUCAAGGAGGCCAAAGUCCAGUUUCUGGCCGGAGUGGAGGAAAUUCCAAUGGAAGGGCCGCAUGCCGGAUCUGCGGCUGCCUCAUCCAAUGUGUCCAUGACAGGACAUGUCAAGAAACCCAUCUUGAAGGGUGCUGGCGAGCGCAAGCACGUGGCCGCCUGCCGUGGGCAAGCUUGCGGGGACGAAACGCCAAAUUCAAAUUCUUCUGACGACAGCGUGUACCCUGAGUAUGAUGGGGACGACGACUUUGUUUGCUUCGAGGAGUGA